CAACACUGAAUUCAAAUCUGAAUUCUUAAAAUGAUCUCCAUCAUCACCAAAAAUGCAUCGAACCAUAGAGGACCGUGCCACCGUAGUAGUAGCGGGACCAAACCACUGCCACAGAUUUCCACACAAACGUGAGGCAAAAUCCAAAACAGCACCCGUCUGAGCUCACCACCAACCGCAGCCCAUCCCCACCCCUCACGCGCCUACGAACUUGGCCCAUCGUGCACCAGACACCGGUCGGUCGCAAGUGCUUUCUUCGCUCACUUUCGCUCUCUCGCUCACUCUGACUCUCACACUCCCUACCACCAUAUUGUUGUUGCUGUGCUGUGCAUUAGUUGUGUGUUUUUGUUGUUUCCUCGUCCUCGAUCCAUUAUUUUAAUUUACCCCAAACCAAUCUUUUAUUCUUCCACUCCCUUGUUCCUUUCCACCGUGAGAGGGAUACUCGUUUUCAGGCGCCGGUCGUCAAUUGGAGACUUUUUGUCGUCGAGAGGAGCACAGGACAUUCAAUAGCAACACCAUAUGAACGCGAUAGAAAGAAGGGGGAUAUACUGAUUCCAAGAUGGGGCGCGAUAACAUUCUCUUGACCUAUGUCGGUAUCGACAUGUUGUUCGUGGCUACCGGAGCGCUGUUAAUUAUCUUCGCCCUGGAAACGCAAGCCGAGUCUGCGAAAGAGUUUACAAAAGAUACUGUCGUGCGGGAUUUACUAUUAGGAAUGUGUCCGCUGAAUGGUAUGUUGAACCUCUGCCCCCUAUCAUCUACCCCUACCACUCUUUUAAACUUAUACGCGGACAUACUAACAUGAGCAUGUAAAAAGCCGCCAUAGCAAACGCCGUCCUAGUCUUCAUCACCUUCCUCAUCUCCAUCCCCGCGAUCGUCAUCCCCAGCACACGAGGCUGGCUCAAACUCCACGGCUACCUCACCGUCAUCUGCGCCCUCUUCACCCUGAACAUCGGGUUAAGCAUCUGGUUCGAGACCCUGCGGACGCGCAAGAACCUUUCCGAGAUCUGGAUCCACCAACCACCACAAACCCAAUCAUUACUCCAACAAACUGUUCGUCUUCCUUCCCCCUUCCCCUUCCCCUCUUCAGAAAAUCUUUCUCUCUCUCUCUAUAUAUAUACUAACACAAACCCAGCUCCAAUGCUGCGGCUACGCAAACAGCACCUCCCCCCCCUUCGUCCAAGACAGCUUCUGCACCUCGGCCACCAAAGCCGCCGGCGAACUCGGCUGCGUAACCCCCUUCUCCAAGGAAGCCAACAACUUCCUCGAUCUCGUCUUCACGGGCGCCUUUGGAAUCGUUGGGAUCGACGUCGUGCUCGUUAUUACUACUGCCAUCUUAUUGAAGGACCGUAAGGAGAAGGAACGCUAUCGGUUUAUUGAUGAGAAGAAUGGGGCGGGUGCUUUUUAGCCCUUUUUAAGGGAUUGGGGUUUAUGAACUUAGCCUCUUGGACUUUUUUUGAGAUGGGAUGGAAGAGGGAAGGGUUGAAGGCUUGACAUGAGGGACUUGAUACCUGGCUAUUUUGGGGGAUCUAAAAAUUUCCUUCCGCUUUUUUUUUCACUCGCUUUUUUUUCUUAUCACUCUUUACACAUACACAUCAUAAGAAAGAAAGUUGGUCAAUGCUCGAUGCUUGAUCUCUCUCUUUCUUUUUCUGUCGCUCUGCUCUGCUCUGGGUAGGAGGGCGGGCAUACUUUUGAUAGUGCCGGGUGUUUUUUACUUUUUACUUGUUUUUAUUUUUUUUAUGAAUGAAAUAUUUGCUGGAUUUGAGUUUUUUGUGGCUUUGAAUUUUUUGAGGUGUUUGUGUUUUGAGAUGGUGAGGGGUGGUGGAUGGAUGAGAGAGUGAAGUGGAGUGAAUACUUUUUGGAGGUUGG